ACCAUUGUUGAAAUUUUACUAUUUAUUUUUCUGUGAUGAUGGCUGUCUACAGAAGUGAUAAUAUUUUAAUGAAAUGACGUUAAUUUUAAUAGUUGAAUUUUAAUAUUAUGUUUUAAUUAAUCAAUUCUAUCGACGGAUGGAUUCCUCAAGCUUUUGAUGUGUGUACGAUUUAGCCGUGCGCGAUGAUGGAUUAUUAACGAAGAAUUAUUUAUUUAACGAGUCCAACAGCAUUGCCGAACGUAUAAUGGGGUCUUGAUCACGUUCUGUUUCAAACGAUAGUAAUGGCGGUAAUGCGAUAACGAUAAUACGAUGCCGGAAACUGAAAACUCAUCAGAUGUUCCCGUACAUCCGGAUGUUCCACCGGACGACCAAGCACUUUCUGAGAUUUCAACACCCGUUGAAACUUCCACGUCGGAAAGCACCGCCAUGGAAGUAAUAAAUUCGGAUAACGUGACGACAGAAACCAACGUUUCUGAAUCAAUAGAACCAGCUCCUCCCGAAGUCAAAGUCGAACCUACCCUACCUGCAGCCAUUAUCGAAAAGUCUGUCGCGAUGAUAACCGACGAACGUCGAGAAUCCUGCGAUACCGGAUAUUCAUCUUUGGAAAACGGCGAAUAUAAACAAAUGGAAGAGUGUAGUAUCGAAAUAACUAUACGUGACGUGUUGAAUCAAAAGCCGCCAUUUCCCAUUCCAGAAAGCGCGCCUUCGGAUAAGAAAGCCGGUCGGGGUAGGCCGCGUAAAAAUCUUAAUAAAAAAACUACCCCUAAGAACAAUAAAAAGGCAGAAAAAGACAAAUCUAACGUUGAUGAUGACAAAGAGAAAGAAUCAGAUGAACCCAGGCGUAGCACUAGGCUAAAAUCCAAAACCGAUAACACCGUUAGAAUGGAAGAUUUGCUUAAUUCGAUAAAUAUCAACGAGAUUGUCAAAACUAUCGAAGAAAAUUCCCUCAAGAGUAAUGGCUGUGAUAUACCCCUCGCUGUGUCGAAUGCUUCUUCUAGCGCUACUACCACUUCUGCUGCCGCUACCGCAUCUUCGACUAGCGAUAAUAAUAAUUCUAAUUCGAGCGAUUUAGACUCGAGGCCGCCUUUUAAGCAAAUUUUAGAAAAUGAAUAUUUUACCGAAAGGAGUAUAAGUAAAGAUGCUGAAAGAAUGAUCUGUGAUUGCGUCUUGACCAAGGAAGAAAUCAUUAGAGGGGAAAAAGGAUGUGGUGAUGACUGUUUAAAUAGACUUUUACUCAUAGAAUGCUGUUCCAGAUGUACAUUAGGCGAACGUUGUUCCAAUAAAAGAUUCCAAAAAAAGGAGUACGCCAAAUGUGAAACAUUCAAGACUAAGAAAAAAGGUCACGGGUUACGUGUAUUAGAAGAUAUCCCUAGCGGAACGUUUAUCAUGGAAUAUGUCGGCGAAGUUAUCGAUUCAGAUGAAUUUGAAACCAGAGCUAUGGAAUACGCUAGAGGCAAAAUACCUCAUUUUUACUUCAUGUCCUUGAAAUCAGACUGUAUAAUCGACGCGACAGUUAAAGGAAACAUUUCGAGAUUUAUUAAUCACAGCUGCGAACCAAACGCGGAAACUCAAAAAUGGACCGUUCAAGGUGAAUUAAGGAUAGGAUUUUUCAGCAAACGCGAUAUCAGCGCCGGAGAAGAAGUAACCUUCGAUUACCAACUCCAAAGAUAUGGUAAGCAAGCCCAAAGGUGUUAUUGCGAAACACCAUCGUGUUCCGGGUGGAUAGGAGAAGAUCCAGAGAAACAACCCAGCGAUGAUAAGAAAAAAGAGAAGAAGAAGAAGAAAGCAGACAUUUAUCAAGAUUGGGAAACUGCUCUGGACGAAAUUUGUCAAGUUGGUUUAAUAAACAGACACCAAACGUUGAGUCUGAAUCGACUCAUGGUCCAUGCAAAGGAGUUAGCAGUCAGAAUGCAAAUUUUGCAACUUAUAGAAGAAGGACACCCGUCAUGUCGAAGGUUAUUCGUCGAUUAUCACGGUUUACCUAUUAUUUGGAGCUGGAUGGUCGAUUGUACUCCGGAACAAGACGAAUUAAAGACGCAGUUAUUGAAGACAUUAUUAGCGCUACCUAUUACAAAUAAAACUAUCCUAAUCGACUCAAAAGUACUGCCUUUGGUCGAACAGUGGGCGUACGCCGUCGAUCAGAAACCACACAGCGAGCAAUUAUCGGCCCAGUCUGUACUGGAAUCGGUUGAAGAUAUCGCCUCAGCUGAUGAAACUCCGGUAUCUGAAAUGGCGCAAAAAGUUCUCGAAGUGUGGUCUUCUCUAAGAGAAAUGUACCGAAUACCUAGAAAGGAACGUAUCCAGCAAAUGAAAGAACACGAACGGGAAGCCGAUCAGAACAUUGUCAAGCCUCGUCCAAAACGACUGCCUUUGUAUGUGGAAAACAUGCGUGACAGGUACCAACGUAAUCGUCUUGGCAAAGAUAAAGAUUUCGAUAAAAUCUACUUCGAUCGUAUGAAAGACUACGAUAAAUCCGGCAACAAUAAUUCGUUCGACUUCAGGAAACGAAAGUCUUCGCCUGAUCGAAGGAAUUUCGAUAAUCGUAAUCAACGUAAAUUCGAUAGUCAACCGAAUAAAUUAUCAAAAAUGGAGCAUCGUUAUUUAUUCGAGAAGAAGUUUCGCGAAAAGGAACGCAAAGAGGAGCAACAAUACUGGUAUCAAAAUGCGCAGUUGUAUUAUGCCAAUCAACAACAUGCCGCUGCUGCUGCUGCUUCCAUAUCAAAUCUCAUUAAUUCGGCCGCAGCUCACUAUCUGACAUCGGUUCCACCGCCCAGCUACUCCAGCGACAGCGUCUACUCGCCCAUGUCAUCGGUAGCGUCGAGCACGCCGACAAAUAACUUCUUCAAUACACCUCCUCCUAACAUGUACCAAAACGUAGUGCUGCCUCCGACUCAUAUACCUCCACCUUCGCUACCGCCUGUGAGCGCAUCGCCGGCACCAUCGGCUCAGCCAUACUACCAAAAUCCGGUCCACGUACCGUCGUAUCCUCCCCCGACUCCGGUCUCGUAUCCGAUACGUGCCACUGCCAGUACACCGAUGAGCGACGUUAAACCGAUUCCGACCACUUGUCAGCUGCUAACUAGUCCGGCGCCGGUAUCCAAUCUAUACGAGUACUCGGGAUUGACCAUCGAUGAUAUCCCAGUACCGGGAGACAUCAGAAACAUCGACUUGGCCAGUCCGGCCACCGCGUCCACGACUAGUAAUACGAGUAGUACUCGAGCUAACAGCAAUGGGCCCGUCAAAGAGAUCAAUCCUGUUAAUUUCGAUAUCAAUAAGAUGAAGUUGCCGCCGAAAUGGAAAACUGCUCGAGACGGCGAAGGCAGACUGUACUUUUAUCAUAAAGAAACCAGAGUCUCGCAGUGGUAUCCGCCUAAAUGGGAAGACGACGAAGAGGAGGAGGAAGAAGAAGAAAUCGAAGUGACGGACGAGGAAAGUAGCUCGGAUGCCGAUAGCACUGACGAAGAAGAAGAAGAUUUGGCUUCGGCGUUUAAAGACAACGACGAUAAUGAACAAGAAAAUGAACAAGUGAGACUCGAAGCGGUUGCUGCAGUGACCGCUGAUCAAAGAGAAGAUGAAACUGAACUAAAUCAAGAAACCGAUGAGCUGCAAGAAGAAAGGGAUGAGGAAGAUGAUGCUGCAGCAACAGCAGCCGCAGAUGAAACGGAUCUAUUUCACGAUAUGUCGAGUCAGCACGAAGAUGAGCCCGUAAUCGAUACACCGACAGGAAUACCGCUAGUUACCGAACAUAUUAUUAGCCCUAGAGAGCCGAUAGACGAAGAUGAAAGAAUACGUAAUAAAUUAAGAAGACGGUACCUGAAGGAGAAGAUGCGGAAACGCAAGAAGGAAAAAAUGCUCAAGAACGGUUUACUCAACGGUCAUAAAAAUGGCUCUCGUAGCAGUAAACGCCGUGAUCGCCAUAUGAACGGCGACAGUGACAGUACAUCGUUGAGCGCCGAUGCCGAUACGUCCGAGAUGUCUGAAGAUAAGAAAAAAGAUUUGUUCCGAUUCCAUAUGGCGAAGUUUAUCGUCACUUGUCUAAACCCGUAUUUUCGCAGUAGCUGUACUCAGGCUAGAAUAACGAAUUAUGGCGAUUUUAAACAUUUGGCCAAAAAGCUGACACACUUCGUUAUGCUGAAAGAACUGAAGCACUGCCAGAACGUUACCGAUUUAGCUUGCAACGCCAGCGUCAAGUACAAAGCCAAAGAAUACGUUAGAAAAUACAUGUCCAAGUUCGACGAAGUCUACGUUCGACCUGUGGACGACAUUAACUAUUGAAAAAUACAGAUUCGACUCCAGCACAGAAUCCUUUCACGAGUCACCGAUGCUCGCAGACGAUUCCGUAGUCGAAAUAAUAUCGAGAUAAUCUUCACGAAGCUGCAAUUUAGUUCAUACUUUGUGCAUAUAAUAUCCCGAGCGAGUUGUAUCUAUGUUGUAGGUCACCUUUUACUGCAGUUUUAUAUUGGCGUAGGUCGCUGCGGGCAUAAGAGCGGUUAUAUCGAGUUCAACGUUCGCUCGCAUAGCCGGAGAAAUCAUUGGUACGGUGUUUCGAGUCAAAAAGUGAAGGGCUCUGGCCGUCGAGUUGAUGUACAUAGCAUACGUAUCUUUGUAGUGCAUUAAAUCGUAAAUGUACAUUCUAUUACAUUGCGAAAUUUAACGACGAUCGAUCUCAACAGUGUUAUAACGAUGCUUAUACAUAUUUCCUAUCCCCGCCCGUCGUCCCCUUUUUUCACAUACAUUAAGUUUGUUUCGCUGAUCAUCGAAAUGAGACCUGUAUUUUGAUUAAUUAUUUUUUUUUUCGAGUCUUACUAUUUUUGACCUUCAACUCGUGUACUCGUUAGACGAUCACGAGUGGUGGGCCAAUUUAGGUGCAGCGUUUUCUGCAAUAUCGUGUGGUAUUUGUAUGGUUUUUUUUUUUGUACAAAUUUCCUUAUUUUUACUCGAGUACCUAUUGAAAUUAUGUAACUUUGUGUAGUAAAUUAUUUUGAAACGUUUUGAGUGAGCGAGUGAACGCCUGUAAGCUUUUUUGUAUCUCAAGUCGCCCUUUUCUCUUUCUCAAAACGUAGAGUUUCAAAGACGUACUACUGUAUCUUGUUGUAACUAUAUAGAUUUGUUGUCUCCAAAGUUUAACUGCCCGUUGGAAGCCGACGAUGGGAAAAUAUGUCUGUAAAUACACGAUACAUACAUGCGUAGAAAUGAUAUUUUAUAUUAUUAUUUUACUUAUGCUCGAAAAGUAUUGGUUUAAUUUUUCUGAUAUCGGGGUACUUUUUUUCUCCGAUUUUUUUUUUCGACUGUAUAAAGGGUACUAUUUAUACGUAUUAUUAGUGUGUGUGUUCGUGUGCGUGUGAAGUUAUACAUAGAUAAUCUGGUAUUUUUUCUCUGUUUUUGUUUUUUGUGUUGUAAAAAAAAAAAUAUUUCUUAGGUCGUGUUGGUCACUACCACUGUUUGACACUUUGGAAAAGAGGAUAGAAUGAAUUCAUUACGAACGGUUCGAUUGUGUUUCGUAUGUAAAGAGAGGAAAUACGAUAACUCUUUGCCCUCCCAUAUUUUUAUUAUAUGUUUACGCUGUUAAUUUAUUGGCAUUUUAUAUAUUUUAAAAAAUUCUAUGUUGGUUUUUACGUUUCGUCCCCUAUCCUCCUGCUCCCCAUUUUUUUUACAUGUAUUAAUUUUAAUUCACCUAACGUUUAGUGUGUUUUUUUUCUCUCUUUUUGUUUUCCCCCUUAUAUAGAAUGCGUUAUUAGAGCGUAUAUUUUCUAUUUUCAGGUUUUGCCGAUAUUUUUUAUAUAAGUUGUGUUCAUUAAAUUGAAAAUAAAUUGUUUUUGAAAAAUUG